AUGAGCUGUCAUUCAUGUGGAGGCUGUUUUACAGGAACAGGUUGUUCUACUAUCAAGCUAUCCAAAAAAGAAGCCUUGAGCGAUUCCGCUCGAUUUCAAUCGCUACUGGACCUUGCAACAACGCAGCAGCAGCAACCGCAACAGAAAGAGCAUGACCAUGUAGUACCCACCAUCAUGUCUGAGCUCUCAAAAAACGUCUAUGCCUCACAAACUGUACUUUUUAAAGCGUUUGAUGACCUGGAAUUGGAACAGUUUUUAAGCUUGGCAAAGUGCUUGUAUUCAGCAAACGUUGUUGGUGUUCACAUUGCAUGGGCAGCAGAGUAUUGUAAAGGAGACGUCCAAGAGCUGCUGCGUAUACUAUCGACUGGAAAAGAAGAAGAGCAGACCUUGCUAUUGCAGCAUUGUGAUGACGCAGCUGAAAUGCAUGAAAUGUUUGGUCAACUAGCGAUGGGAUCCGUAGGAAGAGUGAGCAGGAAUACGAGCUUAUAA